AUGGCAUCCGCCCUCCACGGCAAAAUGCACCCGCCCGGCCCUGGCCUGACCUCCCACGCCGGCGCCCAGAGCGGCACCGACUGGGGAAGGGACCGCGAUCCCGAGAUGCACGUGAAGAUGUGCAAGAAGAUCGCUCAGCUCACCAAGGUCAUUUAUGCCCUAAACACCCGCCAGGAUGAGGCCGACGCCACCAUGGAGGCACUGCGGGAAGCCCACCAGGAGGAACUCCAGGGCGUGGUGGCUGAGACCAAAGCCAGGCUCCUGCAGGAACAGAGCCACGCUGGUGACAAUGAAGAGACCCUUCUGCAGCGCAUCCAGGCCCUGGAGAGUGCCCUGGAGCUGCAGAAGAGGCUGACCAGGGAGGCACUGGCAGAGUCAGCCACAUGCAAGCUAGAGACCAAAGAGAGAGAGCUGCGGGUGGAGGCGGAACACGCCGAGCGGGUGCUCACACUCUCCAAGGAGAUGCUGGAGCUCAAGGCAGACUAUGAGAAGAGGCUCCGGCAGCUGAUGAGCCACGAGGGGCUCCAGUGGGGCAGACCUUCCCAGGAGAUCCCAGAUGCCACCGCCCAGCCGAGCCAGGGCCCAGAAAUGCAGCAGGUGCUGCUGGAGGUAGAGCGACUACGCGCUGAGAACCAACAGCUGAGCCAGGAUUACGCCCGCAAGGCUGAGGAGCUGCAGGCCACCUAUGAGCGCGAGAACGAGGCCAUCCGGCAGGCCAUGCAGCAGUCAGUGAGUGAGGCCCUGUGGCAGUGGCAAGAGAAGGAGACCGACCUCCGCAAGAACUUCCAGGUUCAAGAGUCAGCUCUGCAGGCCCAGGUUAGGAAGCUGGAAGGCGACCUAGAGCACCGGGGCCGCAAGAUCAGCGACCUGAAGAAGUAUGCCCAGAAGCUGAAGGAGAGGAUUCAGGACCUAGACCUGCAGCUACGGGAGGCUCGCCAGGAGAACUCGGAGCUGAAGAGCACGGCAAAGAAACUUGGGGAGAAGCUGGCUGUCGCCAAAGACAGGCUGAUUCUACAGGGGUGUCACACGGCACAGAAACCAGAUGACAUGAAGACUGAACUUGUUUCAGAGCAUGAAGUCCUGGCAGAAGAAAAUAACUUGGAAGCCCAGAAUUUUCAUCCGCAGGAAGAUCAAGGCUUUCCUAAGGAGUGUUCCUGCAUCAAAGGAAGCUCAGCUACACAGAAAGUGGCAAGUAUUGAGACAGAACAUAUGAAGCAACAGUAUGAAGAAGACCUUCGUAAGAUCAAACAUCAAACUGAAGAGGAGAAGAAACACCUCAAAGACCAGCUAGUGAGACGUCUGGAGGACUUAGUAAAGAAGCACACUGUGGAAAUCAAGUCUGUGCGCUCAUCCAUGGAUGUGGAGAGAAAAAAGCUACAGAAGGAAGUAGAAGCACAGUUGGAGGAAGUGAAAAUGAAAUCAGAAAGGGAAAUAAAGCAGCUGGAAGAAGAGAAAGCAUCCCUCAAUGUGAAGCUUCAGAAUUCUGUCCUUGAGGUUUUAAGGCUGGAGGAAUUCAUCCAACAACAUAAAGUCCCUGUACAAAGAGCCAAGGAAAGGCCUCAGGAACCAGACUGCCAGCACCACAGCAUUUCAGAGGCCCAGGAUUCCUGCUCUAAACUGAAGGAAAGUUCUCAGACACUUCCCAGAGAAGGGUAUCAAGAUAAGAUAAGAGCCGAAGAAGGAACCAGCAGCGAGGAAGAAGAAGAAAGGAUUGAAGUGCCCCUCCAGGAGGGAAGUGACCCACAGCCUCCACUGGGCUCUUUGCUAAAGAAGGCACCUGACAUUCGACGCCUACAGGAGGACUGGCAGAGCCAGAAGGCCAGGCUGCAAACCCAGGUCUCUCAGCUGCAGCGGGCUCUGGAGCAGUGUACCAACGACUACCGUGACGACCUGCAGGCGCUCAAGCAGCUUUCAGACCACGAGAGGGAGAAGCUGCAGCAUGAGCUCCAGGAGAGCCUGCAGCAGAGCCAGGCCACCAAGGCGCAGCUGGAGGCUGCCCACCAGCGAGCCCUGCGCAUGCUCGAGAAGGCCAAAGCCCAGGAACUCAAGGCCACCGAGGAACGCUUGAAGAAGGAAUCCAGCCACAGCCUCCAGAUUCAACACCAGGCCCACCGGCUGGAGCUCAAGGCCUUGGAGGAGAAGGCGAGGCAAGAGCUGCAAGAGGAGCGGGAGAGGAUGCAAGCCCAGCAGGCCCUGCUGCUGGAGUCCCUCAGGCAGGAGUUGUCAGAGCAGCGAGCUGCCUGCUCCGAGCACCAGAAGGACCUGGAGGGGCUGCAGGCUGAGCUGAGGGCUCUGGGCAGCUCGAGGAGACAGCAGCUCAUCAGCCCGUGUCCAGAAGACAGUGAGAACCACCCUGAGAGCACAAAGGAUGCAGAAGGCCUGGGCCUGACCUGCCUCGCACCGGGCACCACCUCAGGGCAGGGGCAGAGCGGGGCCUCCGAGCUUCAGGAGGAGAAUGCUCAGCUCCAAGAGGCCCUGCUGCGGCUGCGCACCGAGGUGGAGCAGCACCAGCAGGAGGCGCUGCAGCUCCGCGACCAGCGCAGAUUGCUAGAGGAGGACCAUCAAGCCCAGAGGGCCAGGGAGGUGGAGGCGCUUCGCCAGGAGCACCGGAAGGAGAUGCAGGCCAUGGUGGCUGAUUUUAGUGGUGCCCAGGCCCGACUCCAGGCCCGGCUGGCUGCCCUGGAGGCCGAACUGAAAGACUGCGGAGAGAAGCCAGGAAAGGGAGCGUCGAGGCCGGAGGACCUGCAGCUCAUCGGCCGCCUGCAGACUCGCCUGAAGGAGAGAGAGGAGAUCAUCAAGCAGCUCACGGAAGAGAGAAGAUUUCACUAUGCUGCAUUCCCCAGCACAAUGUCCCACCGGAAUCGGUCCUUCUCAUUUAACCCGCAUCCGGGGUAUUUGACCCCUUCCAUGAAGAAGAAGAAGAUGGAGGAGGUGCCCAGCAGAGUGGUCAGCGUGCCCAACCUCGCCUCCUACGCAAAGAACUUUCUGAGUGGAGAUCUGAGCUCCAGGAUCAAUGCCCCUCCCAUCACGAAGUCACCCAGCCUGGACCCCAGCCCCAGCUGUAGCCGGCCUUACAAAGCUGCCCAGGCUCUAGAUGCAAAAACUGCCCCAAGGCCACAAGAAGGGGAAACAGCCCAAGCCAAGGAGGCCCAACAGAAGCAGGGCUCCGCGCACCAGGAAUGGUUCACCAAGUACUUUUCCUUCUAAGCCAAUCUCUGGCAUACAUUACAGGAUGAUAGAAAAGCAUUUAAACCAUCGGAAUGAAGGAACACCAACCAAAUAACUUACUUAUAAUCGUUUCUGUAUGAUAGCUAAAACAACAUUUUGGCACUAACACUUCAAUUUCAUUGUGACACAUAUUCAUGUAAGUAUUGCUAUUAGAGACAACACCCAGAUAAGACACUGUUAUUAACUUCCUAACGACUUCCAUAUUGU